AUGGUUGUACUGCGGCCAGUACAGGGUAGCCUGCAGGCUCGCGGCGGUCGUGCGCCGGCGCAGCGCGGCAGCGGCUCCCCUGAGGCGGCUACCGCGCGUACGCCGAUAAUAUCGGGCGGCGUUCACACGGCGAGGGGCGCGUCACGCCGCGCGCCGCGGGGCAAGCGCACACCACACAUCCAUCACAUCGAGAAUCGAGAACCAAGUGGAGCGAUUUGUGCACAACAUUGCGCAACUGUCGCAACAACGCAUGCAGAUGGUUACGGUCCCAAAUGA